AAAAAAAACAGCAGCUUUGUAUUUUUAAUAUAUACAAUCCUCUGUCUCCUUCGUCUUCUUCCUCCGUCCAUCUCUCGCCGCUUCCUCCUUAUCGGAAUCUUUCGCUCAUUAUGCUCAGAAGCCUCCAUUACCAUACCCUUAUCGCUUCACUUCUCCCUCCAACGAUUAUUAUUGCCAACGUUUUCGUUAACUAAUUGCCAAGCUUGUGUGAUUUGUUUGAAUUUGGAUCGUUGUUCUGAGAAUUGAAUUCCGUUUGGUAAAUUUUAUUACUGGGUUUAUUCAAAGAUGGCUGCUUUGAAAGGUUAUGGUUUGUGUUCUUUGGACUCUGUUCUACACUUUCCCUGUCCAAGGCCACCAUUCGAGGCCUACAAGAGAAGAAGCUCAAGAUGGGUCUCUCCAAAAGCAGCUGUUGUACCGAACUUCCACCUCCCUAUGCGCAGCUUGGAGGUUAAAAACAGGACAAACACAGACGACAUAAAAGCUCUACGAGUGAUCACAGCCAUAAAAACGCCGUAUCUCCCCGACGGAAGAUUCGACCUCGAAGCCUACGACGACUUAGUCAACAUCCAGAUACAAAACGGUGUCGAAGGCGUCAUCGUCGGCGGCACAACCGGCGAAGGCCAGCUGAUGAGCUGGGACGAGCACAUCAUGCUCAUAGGCCAUACGGUCAACUGUUUCGGAGGAAGCAUCAAAGUCAUCGGAAACACGGGAAGCAACUCGACGAGAGAAGCUAUCCACGCGACGGAGCAAGGGUUCGCCGUGGGGAUGCACGCUGCUCUUCACAUCAACCCUUACUACGGGAAGACUUCGAUGGACGGGAUAAUAGCGCAUCUUCAGUCCGUUAUGCACAUGGGACCGACGAUUAUAUACAAUGUCCCUGGUCGAACGGGGCAGGACAUACCGCCCAGCGCGAUUUUGACGCUUUCUAGGAGUCCAAAUUUAGCUGGCGUGAAGGAGUGCGUUGGGAACAAGAGGGUCGAAGAGUAUACUGAGAGAGGGAUCGUUGUGUGGAGUGGGAAUGACGACGAGUGUCAUGAUUCGAGGUGGGACUAUGGAGCGAGAGGAGUUAUAUCGGUUACUAGUAACUUGGUUCCUGGUUUGAUGAGGAAGCUGAUGUUUGAAGGGAGAGACUCGGCUUUGAACUCGAAGCUUUUGCCUUUGAUGGGUUGGCUGUUCCAGGAGCCGAACCCUAUUGGGCUCAACACUGCUUUGGCCCAGCUUGGAGUUGCGAGGCCGGUGUUUAGGUUGCCGUAUGUGCCGUUGCCUUUGGCUAAGAGGGUUGAGUUUGUGAAGAUGGUGGAGGAGAUUGGACGUGAGCAUUUUGUGGGCGAGAGGGAUGUUCAGGUGCUUGAUGAUGAUGAUUUUAUCCUUAUUGGUCGAUAUUAAGCAUAAUAUACUUUCUUUUUUUUGAGUUUUGGGUUUACUUUGUUUGGUGUUUAAUGAAAGAAGAGAUGGUUUGGUUUAUGUAGUUGGGGGAUGAAACUCAUUCAUCAUAUUGCUUGUUAAGUACUUAUGAUUUGCUUUUACUCGUUUUUAAACUG